AUGAGCUUGAUAUCCGAUUUGGUUAGCAAUGUUGAAGGCGGCAAACAUACGAUUUUCAAGACUUACGGAGACACCGAGAGAAAAUUAAAAGGAAGUUGCAAAGCCAUUGGAGAGUACAAAGCUACGAUUGAGCAAAUGAGUCCUCUUUUUGAAGUGGGACUAGCUACUCGACACAGAAAGUUUGAACUGGAUAUGAAGUGCAUCAAGGGCGGCCGGCCGGAUUGGGAAUUGGUCAACAAAGGAAAUGAAGCUGCACACAAUGGCCGAGCUUUAGCAGAUGCAACGAUGUUCCAGGGCUUCUGGAAGGAUGGACGGCCAUAUGUUGGCGAAUUCGAGGAUCAAUACAACAAGGUCCCUGCUAAGGAAUUUGGGAGCGCAGGGGCUUUUGCAUGUUUCAUGACAUGUUGA